GUUUUUUUUCCUCUGCUUCGUCACUGCGACCUAUCCGUGUGUUUCUCGGGGCUCUUUCCUGUCUUACACACAACUUACGCAGGCCUAGACCGUUGCUCAACAAGAUUUGUUCACCUUUGUUCUUGCAUCGCUGUCGAGUUCGCCUAGCAACUUAGUUUUCAACCCCGCACCCAGCCAUCUGUAUCUUGUUCGACUCUACAGAAAACGGAUACAUAUGGGAUCGAAUUAAGAGCUGAAUCAAUUCGUCACCCUUCUUUAUUUAUUUACGGUCGGGCCCUUGUUGUUGGAUUAAACUCCCAACCGCCGCUACAUUUUACCACAACCGUUUCGAACCUUGACUGCCCAACUGUCCAUCAGGGCAAUUGAACUCGCUUGAGGAUCCGUCAUACCAUACACCGAACAAAUCCGGUCGCCUUGUAUCACCUGGAACAUACGAUACCGAAUAGACACAUCGCAAAAGGCUUUACUGCCGAUACGUAACGUUACUAGGACAUCGAACUGAUUUACCGUCCCUGGGAUUCUACACUCUUCUUCCUCAGUUACAAGGAGGGUCCCGUCGUUGCUGUACUAGAGACGUUCUAAAAGCCUAGACCGCCCGCUGCUUGACUCUUUUAGGCCCGGCAUAAUCGCACCAUCUGUUGCUUCCCCUCCAUUACUCCUUCUUGUACCCAUCUAAUCGAUCGCGUCCCGUCUCCCGAUCGACAGCUCCCCACGGUCCAGUCAGGAUACCUAUCUCGAUCUUUACGCCGCCCAGAAUUUGCACCAAGCACAUCUCGCACUCAAAAAUCUCAAAGUCUUUCCAAGACACAAUACCAACUAGCUACCUUACCUCGUUACUAUCAACGCGCCGUAAUACUCGAUGUCCGCCUCCGACUCGGUUCCGGCCACGCCGGAGGACUGGAAAGACCUUUCGACGCCUGGAUCUCCUGGCUCUGAAGAUUCGUCUGAACCUACCACGCCACUCGAGUCUCCAAGCCAUGAUAGUCCCAGCGAGCCCCCUCGAAGAGUCCCAUCCCUACGGUCCGUUUCUGACCCUCGCAAUAUGAAUCCGAACUCUACUCCGAUAGGAGUUUUAGGCAUAGCCAGACGUCCCGUGCAACCAUCCUUCAGUUUUGCUGGAAACAGUAGUGCCUCGGUGGAAAAUAGUGCUAUGGCCAAGGCACGAGCAUUGCACCAGCAACGCCUGCAAAAGGGCAAUUCAGCAUCGCCUGUAGGGCAGUCACCGACGUCUAGCAUCUCGAACGGAUUCCCCGUCAAUCUGCGAAUGCCCCCGAACAUGCAAAGACCACAGCCUCCGCACGCCAACUCAGCUCCUGUGGUAUCAAAGCCUUCGUUAAGUGAGAGAAGGGCCAAGAUGGGCAUGGGCAUGAAGUUGUCCGAUAUGGGCGGAUCCAGCCCUGCCGCAACCACGGGUAAGCGUGGACCCCCUGGAAAACUAUCGGACAUCACAGGCGAUGCACCAAGUAAUAAAGAAUCGAACGGGACAGGAGGCGGCCACGGGUCGAAAAUGGACGACUUCAAGAAAUAUAUUGAUACGGAGAAGGGAUGGGUCACAUUUGAUGGGGCUGCAACCAUCACACGGACGGGAGUCAACUUCGCCAACGGCCAGACCUUCAGCAUAUCCCUCGAUGAAGUGGAAGUAUUGACUGAGCUGGGCAAGGGAAACUACGGAACAGUCUACAAAGUCAAGCAUGCCAAGAGGAGUCUUCCACGGUUUGGACAAGGCUUGUCAAGAAAGCCGCCCGCUGUCCAGUAUACACAAUCAGACCCUUCACCAGUCAGGCCGGUCGAGGACUCGGCUGGUGGCCAAUCAAACUCGGGUGAUGGCACUACAGGCACGGUUAUGGCAAUGAAAGAAAUGCGGCUGGAACUCGAUGAUGCCAAGUUCACAACCAUCUUGAAGGAGCUUGUCAUAUUACACGAGUGUGUUUCGCCCUACAUCAUUGAAUUUUAUGGCGCUUUCUUCCAGGAGGGUGCUGUCUACAUGUGCAUCGAGUAUAUGGAUGGAGGUUCCAUUGAUAAGCUAUAUGCUGGAGGAAUUCCCGAAAACGUGUUGCGAAAGAUCACCUAUUCCACAGUGAUGGGUUUGAAAUCGCUGAAGGAUGAGCACAGUAUUAUUCACCGAGAUGUCAAGCCAACAAACAUUCUAGUCAACACACGAGGCCAAGUCAAAAUCUGCGAUUUUGGCGUCAGUGGCAACCUUGUCGCCAGUAUAGCCCGAACCAACAUCGGCUGUCAGAGUUACAUGGCACCCGAAAGAAUUUCAGGUGGUGGGUACGCACAAGCAGGGAACUCUGACGGAUCCUACAGUGUUCAGAGUGACGUCUGGAGUCUGGGUUUAACGGUUAUUGAGUGUGCCAAAGGUGCAUAUCCUUACCCGCCAGAGGUGUCCUCUACUAUUUUCAGUCAACUCAGUGCUAUUGUCGAGGGCGAACCACCCGCUAUGCCAGAGGAGGGUUACUCGGAUACAGCCACGGAUUUUGUUAGGAGCUGCCUUCACAAGAUCCCCAAGCAGCGGCCAACCUACGCAAUGCUGUUGAAGCAUCCCUGGCUCAUCGAUUUCACAAAACCACAGACCAUCACAGAAGAGGCUGAGGAUGGUGAUGAGGCUGACAAGGUCGCGGAAGCUGUCGGCAAAAUCGCUCUCAACUCAACAACGGAGGACGCAGAAGUGGCCGACUGGGUAAAUGGCGUUUUGCAGAAGGAGAGAGACGGUCUGAAGGUGGGCGGUCCCCUAAGGCCAGCAUUACACACCGCACCACUCGACAGCGUCAGCCCUAUCUCAAGCCCAAAUGACGCCUAG